CGCACCGUUGCCGGGCAACGCGCGGCACAGGCUGCGGGCUGAGCAGGCUGUGGGUAUCUCCCGGCCGGGCGCCGGGAGGCGCGUCACGGUGGCGAAGGUGGGUGUGCGCCUUGCGGGCCUCUGGGAGCCCAGGAUCCCCUUCUCCCGGACCUCGGACCCGGUCCCGGACUCCCGCCUGGGACGAGAUCCCCGAGCUCCGUUCCCUCAGCCAGCGUCCUCGCAGACCCAGUUCUGCGGCCCGUCCACUAGGACGCACGUCUACCCACAGGCCUUCCUUCGCCUCUACUUGUUUGGGCCUAGGACACGCCCCCGUGCAGGACUGACCACCCACGAGUGCCAGGAGGGGUCGACUCCACAGAGGCACGUGAACACUCCCAGGAAGCCCUGGGCAACUCCAGCUCAGCAGCUGCAUGUCUUCUGAGCAGCUUUCCUUCGGGUCGGCUGGCCUGGCCAUACCAAGAUGCAAGGCGGGCAGGAGGUGAGGAGAGAAUCAGCGAGUGACCUCGUACAGGACCCUGGAGAGGGGUCCCUCCACCAAACAGCUGGAGAACAGAGUGGUGACGAUUUGGAACGGAGGAGACUCUGUUGCGAUGGUCCCCUGACUCUGCUUGACGCCAAAGCUAGCGGCUUCAGGCUGGAAGAGGGUCUUCCCACCUGCACACUCAGCUGUCUGCACCCAGGGGAGCUCAGCGGCGGGUGGGGAGAGUUCGAAGGCUUCAGGGAGUCUUCAGCUAAGUCUGAGCAGUUUGCUCAGUCCUUUGAACUCCUAGGGAGAGCCGCAGAACACCAGUCGCUGAAAACCCCUUCAAUCCCAAAAGAGCAUGGUUCUUACCAGAUGCAGCGAGGUGGACCCUGGGUGACAGGAACUGCUGCUGACCCAUCUUCUGAGUCCAUCCUCAGCUAUGAGAAGGUUUUUAGGUUUGCGUUUCAAGAAGUCCCAGUGGAACGGACAACUGAAGACAUUUGUUCUCUAGACCAUUUCUUAGAAAUCAGCAGUGAAGAAAAUGGUGGCCUUGCAUCUGUGCCUAGACUGUGUUCUGAAUCUAGGAAACUCUGGAGAGCCCUUCAGAACACUGACACUGUGUCCACUACACUGCGUCUCUGGAGCGAAUCUCACUGUCGGGAAAAGCUCCUUCCUGUCCUUGGUGUAGAUGCUGCUCAGAAGAGCCUUUCUGGAGACCAGGGUCAUGUUCUGGAAGGUUCUGAUCUCAGAAAGCCUGAAGAGCUGCUUGCAGUCAGCAGCUUCCACCUACACCACUGCAAAGCCCUGAUUCAGACCAAGCUCUCAGGGACGUCUGGCAGCAGACAGGGCAGGCUGAUCACCUACAGCCUGUUUCUGAAGACACCACUACAAGGACGUGGACACUACAUCACCAUUCCACAAGAAAGGUCUUUACUCCACGUAACCUAAAAGUGGCACUCUUUAAUAACAGUGUUUGCUAAAAGCAGGAGUACUUUGUACCUUUAUGAAAUAUUUUACAUUCUCACUGGUUUUAGUACUAGAGUCUGAGAACUAUUCUGUGGCACUGUUUCCCAGGUCCUCUGUCAACCUACUCUAUACCUCAAGCACUCAGAUCUCAUGGGGUGCAGAGGGAAUGUCCUAGGGCCGAGCCAGUCUCCAGAGAGUUUCUGGGGACACUGUAGAUGGGUACCAGGAGCCUGGUGACCCCCGCCUGAAUCAUACUAGGACCCAUGAGUUCAGGAAGCAGGAGACAGCUGCUGAUCACUUGCAGGAACCCACCCUGGUCCUGGCUCCCCUGAGAUGCUAAUGCAUAUCCCUGUGCUGGAUCCCUCCCUCACCCAGCAGCCUCGAGACAAGCUCUUCUGAGUGGAAGGGUGGGUGGGAGAACACACUGAGUGUCCCAGGAGGACAGCUGGGUGAGCACCUGCUGAGACAACUGUUUUCUUCUAGGGGCAGACACAAGCAGGCAACACUGAAUUUUGUAAACUUUUAUUAAAAAGAAGACUGUGUAA